AUGAACGUGUUCAUCAACUCGGUUCGAGUGAUGGAUUCGGACGGCCGCGUGCGUACGACCACUUCAUACGGUAGCAGUAAUGGAGCUUCUCUGACUUAUAUUCGACCUUGUACGAAUUACACGGUUUGGGUCAAAGUGAGAGGACUCGGUCCAUGGUCCGCGGAGUCAGAACCGUUCCAUUUCCGAUCGGACACAUUAGCUCCAAACAAACCUCUAAUCGUGGAUAUCCAGGACGCGGAAUCCUACGUCACAAUCUACUUCUCACGUGGCCAUAAAAAUGAUAUCGUGACACACUAUCGAGUCAACUAUACCGGAUUAAACGGAUUCUAUGAGAUCAAUAAUAUUUCCGCGAGUGCUAGUUCGGUGAAUUUGACCGAGGGAAUUCAGAGCUGUUUUAAUCACACAAUCGAAUUGUUCGCGGUCAAUUCGAUUGGCCAAUCAGAGCCAGCAAUGGCACACUGGGUUGUACGUUCAGCAGAAAGUCCACAAAAACCGAUUAUCACGUCUGUGGACCAGAUUGAUGGGAAGUAUGUGAUCAAUUGGAAGGUGGUCUCAAAUUUGAGUAUCACGGUCAAUCGACUUUCGUACACAUCGACCCAGGGCGACAAAGGAACUGCUUGGAUUGAGGGUCAGGUGAACAGCUAUGUGCUGAAUUUUGUGCAUCGCUGUAGACAAUACACACUCCAACUGGUGUCAGAGAACAAAUGUGGCUAUUCACCCGCGUCGGAUCCGUACAUGUUUGAUGUCGUGCCCCUAAACCCUCCGCAAGUUCCGUUGGAUCUGACCGCAAACGGUACUGACCAAGAACUAACUCUGUCAUGGGCAGCUCCCUCAUCGUCGGAAUAUAUCGAUGCAUAUGAGGUUGAUAUUGCGGAUAAGCAGGGCGUGUUUCGCUACUACUGGGCUCCAUCAAACGCAAAAAGCAUUACAAUUCGAGGUCUGAACAAGGCUACCACAUAUUAUGCAAGUGUGACCGGGCAGAAUGCAUGUGGUUGGUCUCCGUUCGCGGAAAUCACUGUGCAGCUAAACAUGGACGGGGUGAUUGUCCCCAUGGACGCGGAGCCAGACACGCGCUAA